AUGGCUUGCCGAAACGUCAAUGUUCACGGUUUGUCGAAACUUGUCAGAUAUUUUUCACAAAAAACCACCGAACAAGAAACAAAAGUUGCCUCAAGAAUGGGAUUUUUAAAAGGUAAACCAUUGUAUUUAGACGCACAAGCCACAACCCCUCUGGAUCCUAGAGUUUUGGAUGCUAUGAUGCCCUACAUGACACAUAGUUAUGGAAACCCGCAUUCUCGUACACAUAUGUAUGGUUGGGAAAGCGAAGAAGCUGUGGAAACGGCUAGACAGCAUAUAUCAAACUUGAUAGGCGCCAAUCCCAAAGAAAUAAUAUUCACAUCCGGGGCAACAGAGUCUAAUAAUUUAGCCAUUAAAGGAAUUGCUCAUUUUUAUGGAGCUAAGAAACGACAUAUUAUUACUACACAAACGGAACAUAAAUGUGUUUUAGAUUCAUGCCGUGCUCUGGAAGGUGAAGGUUUCGAAGUAACAUAUUUACCAGUUUCUUCAAUGGGUAUAAUUUCUCUUGAUGAAUUAGAAUCUGCUAUACGCCCUGAUACUGCACUUGUGUCCAUCAUGGCUGUAAAUAAUGAAAUUGGAGUAAAACAGCCAAUCAAAGAAAUUGGAAAAUUAUGCAAGUCAAAAAAGGUGUUUUUCCAUACUGAUGCAGCUCAAGCUGUUGGUAAGAUUACUGUUGAUGUUAAUGAUCAAAAUAUUGAUCUUAUGUCUAUAAGUGGACAUAAGUUAUAUGGACCAAAAGGUAUCGGAGCACUGUUUGUUCGGCGUAAGCCAAGAGUACGUUUAGAACCUCUGCAGAGUGGAGGUGGUCAAGAACGAGGCUUAAGGAGUGGAACGGUUCCAACACCAAUAGUUGUAGGAUUCGGUGAAGCGUGCAGGAUAGCUAAAGAAGAAAUGGAGUAUGAUCAUGCAUGGAUGAUAAAACUUUCAAAUUUACUCCUGGAAAAAAUUAAUAAAGAUCUCCCAGAAGUUAUUCGCAAUGGUGAUGAUGUUCAUACUUAUCCAGGUUGUUUAAAUUUAUCGUUUGCAUUCGUUGAGGGAGAAUCUCUUCUUAUGGCCCUCAAAGACAUUGCUUUGUCAAGUGGUAGUGCAUGUACAUCUGCAUCUUUGGAGCCUUCAUAUGUGUUACGUGCUAUUGGAGCUGAUGAAGACUUGGCACAUUCUUCUAUUAGAUUUGGUUUUGGUCGUUUUACAACCGUGGACGAAGUUGAAUAUACCGCUGAAAAAUGUAUAAAACAUGUUAAACGUUUACGAGAAAUGAGUCCAUUGUGGGAAAUGCAUCAAGAAGGAAUUGACAUCAAAUCUAUCAAGUGGUCUCAACAUUAA